UUUCCAGCACAGCGCAGUAAAGCAGCUGCAGGUCGAUCGUUGGAAGUCAUUCACAGAAAAGGGAUACUGCACAGGAGAACUACACCAAGCGGAGAUUGCGGUUUAUGCGUUGCGUUUUACGUACGACAGAUUUGACUUCAGAGGAAGAACAUCAGAAGAAGGAGAGGCUACAGAAGGAUUGCUAGCGGUUUCUGCAAUAACCCUGCAGCUUCAAAGAUGACAUGCUCGUGAUGCCUCUGUGCAUUCCAGAGGCCCACCUUGGCAGCUAGAGGAGAGGUCGGCCUCCGCCACCAUGACCGUGUUGCCCCGGGACGUGGCUUCCCUGGCUGUGCCCGGCCUUAUCCUCUGUUUCAUCACUCUUCCAUUUCCGACGAUUCUAUCCCAGAAUCCUCCUGUCCCAACAGAGACCUCCCCGUCCCCAGCGCCCCACCACACCAGACCCGAGUGUACCAGAUUAGAGCACCCUGUCGUCUCCAUUCAAGCUCUAAGUCCUUUGAUCUCCUCUUUCUCGCAUCCUGGUGUAAGGGAUUAUUCCCAGCUGACCCUUGACCUAACCAGGAAUGAACUUAUAGUCGGAGCAAGAAACUACCUCUUCAGACUAAAUCUCAGCAACAUUUCACUAAUUCAGGCAACGGAAUGGGGGCCAGACGAAGACACCAGGAGGUCCUGUCAAAGCAAAGGGAAGACGGAGCUGGAGUGUCAAAACUACAUCCGGGUGCUGCUUGUCAACAAGACAGAGGUGGUCACCUGCGGGACAAAUGCCUUCCAGCCUCUUUGCAUCACCAGAGAGGCAGGGAACAUGAGCAGAGUGUUGGAGAGGGUGAACGGAGUGGCCCGCUGUCCCUAUGACCCCCGUCAUAACUCCACAGCGGUGGUGACUGAAAGUGGAGAGCUGUACGCUGCCACGGUCAUCGAUUUCUCUGGACGGGACCCUGUCAUCUACCGCAGCCUUGGAGGAAUGCCGCCUUUGCGGACCGCCCAGUACAACUCCAAAUGGCUUAAUGAGCCUCACUUCAUCUCGGCUUAUGAUGUGGGUCUUUUCACCUUCUUCUUCUUGAGGGAGAACGCAGUGGAGCAUGACUGCGGUAAAACGGUGUACUCACGGGUGGCGCGGGUGUGUAAAAAUGACAUUGGAGGCCGAUUCUUGCUGGAGGACACGUGGACCACUUUUACGAAGGCCCGACUCAACUGCUCGCGGUCAGGAGAAAUCCCUUUCUACUAUAAUGAGCUACAAAGCACCUUCUACCUGCCCGAACAGGACCUCAUCUAUGGGAUCUUCACCACCAAUGUGAACAGCAUUGCUGCCUCUGCAGUUUGCGCGUACAACCUCAGCGCAAUCACACAGGCUUUCAACGGGCCCUUCCGCUCCCAGGAGAACCCUCGCUCCACGUGGCUGCCCACCCCCAACCCCAUCCCCAACUUCCAGUGUGGGACCAUAGAUGAAGAAGGGCCUAAUGAAAGACUUACCGAACGCAGUCUGCAGGACGCCCAGCGGCUCUUCCUCAUGAACGAUGUGGUUCAGCCAGUUUCUGUGGAUCCACUGGUCUGGCAGGAUGACGUCCGCUUCUCUAAGUUGGUUGUUGACAUUGUACAGGGGCAGGACUCAUUGCAUCAUGUCAUGUACAUAGGCACAGAGUAUGGGACUAUUCUGAAGGCGCUGGCAACCACAAAUAAGAGCCUGCAAGGUUGCUACUUGGAGGAGAUGCAGCUCUUCCCUCCUGGAUUGCAGCAGCCAAUCCUGAGCCUUCAGAUUCUCCAUGGCGACCGGACUCUUUUUGUGGGCCUGAAUGACAAAGUGCUCAAGAUCCCUCUAGCGAGAUGCUCCAGCUACAAAACUGAGUUGAUGUGUUUGGAUGCACGCGACCCUUACUGUGGUUGGGACCGAAAGCAGCGGCGUUGCACCACCAUUGAGGACAGCUCCAACAUGAGCCAGUGGUUCCAGAAUAUCACUGCCUGCCCGCUGAGGAACCAAACCACAGAUGGUGCGUACGGGCCCUGGGCUCCAUGGCAGCCCUGUAGCCAUGAUGAUGGUGAAGGCACCAGCACGUGUCUUUGUCGAUCGCGGGUAUGCAAUAGUCCACCGCCUCGUUGUGGAGGAAAAAACUGCCAGGGUCCCACCAUUGAGGUGUCCAACUGUUCAAGGAAUGGAGGAUGGACACCAUGGUCGUCCUGGGGCCAGUGCAGCACAAGCUGUGAGAUUGGGUUUGAAGUUCGCCAGCGGUCCUGUAACAAUCCUUCACCCAGGCAUGGAGGCCGAGUGUGUGUGGGGCAAAGCAGAGAACAAAGAUUCUGCAAUGAGAAGGUGUCAUGCCCUCAGCCUAUCUUCUGGUCAUCAUGGUCUCCCUGGUCCAAGUGCAGUGCAGAUUGUGGUGGAGGUGUGCACUCUCGCUCCAGGAACUGUGAGAAUGGAAAUAGCUGUCCAGGGUGUGCGCUGGAGUACCAAGCAUGUAAUUUGGAGUCCUGUCCAGAGGUGCGCCGAAACACCCCGUGGACCCCUUGGAUGCCAGUGAAUAUAACCCAAGGAGGGGCACGGCAGGAGCAAAGAGUCCGCUACAUCUGCCGGGCUCAACUAGCUGACCCUCAUGAACUCCAACUGGGCAAGCGUAAGGUGGAGACACGCUUCUGUCCCAAUGACGGGAUGGUAACCUGCGAAACAGACUCUCUUGUUGAGGAGCUUCUCAGAAUGCCUGGUGUCCGACUCUCAGGCACUGGCUGGUCAUCAUGGGAGAUGUGGUCAGCUUGCACUCAGGAAUGUGCCAAAGGCUACCGCACUCGCAAACGCAGCUGCACCAACACAGAUGGCAAAAACAUACCCACUGCCUGUCGCGGAUCGCCUGUAGAAUAUCAGGACUGCAAUCCUCAGCCCUGUCCAGUUAAAGGCGCCUGGUCUUGCUGGUCAUCAUGGUCGCAGUGUUCGGUUCCCUGUGGAGGCGGACACUACCAACGAACACGCACAUGUACAAGCCCUGCCCCUGCCAAUGGAGGGGACAUCUGCAUCGGCUUGCACACAGAGGAGGCUCUUUGCAACACGCAUACUUGUGAUGGUGGCUGGAUGGCCUGGUCUGUGUGGUCUGAGUGUGAUGAUUCAGGCCUGCAGCUGCGCAGUCGAGUGUGUGGAGCUCAAUCCAUGCCAUGUGCGGGAAACAGCUCCCAGCACAGAGACUGCAAUGAGAUCCCAGCCAUUCUUCCGGCAUCCAGCUAUGAGAAGGACCAGCAGUGUGGAGGGUUCACUCUGCUCCACCUGAUAGCGACAGGUGUGUCGUGUUUUCUUGGUGCCGGUCUGCUGUCUUUCCUGGUGUAUGUUUACUGUCAGCGGUUCCACAAGCCCUCGCAGGAGUCUGCCAUCAUCCAUCCCACCACUCCCAACCACCUCAACUACAAGGGCAACACCACACCAAAGAAUGAGAAAUACACACCCAUGGAGUUCAAGACUCUGAAUAAGAACAAUCUCCUGCCAGACGAGAGGACAAACUACUUCCCUUCACCGCUUCAGCAGACCAACGUCUACACCACCACGUACUACCCCACAGGACUGGGCAAAUACGACUACCGGCCGGACUCCUCACCCUCGCCCUGCAGAACCUAUAACCACAGCUGAGACACGUACAGUGCACAUCCUAUCAGGAGCUCCUAAGGACGUCCGGACAUCUCUUCCCAAAACCCUCCACUUUUCCGACCCAAACAUUUCGCACUCGAUGAGGUGCUCGUUCCAACAUUCCAGCAGAUUUUUUUCCCCCUAAGCUCCUUUCCCAAGGACCACGUCAACUAAGUCAUGCCUUACGGUGUCUCCGAUUGGGGGAAAGGUUUCAAACGGCACUUUUUAAAGAUUGUGUAGCUGCACACUGACUUCAUAAACCCAAGUCUUGAUUGAUCUCUGUAAAACUCUUGCUAAUAGAAGGAGAUUCUGCUGAAGCUACAGGCGGGAAGACCAAAUUGCGGCGACAUCCCUCCCGUGCAACAAUAUCCAUUACAGGCAUGCAAUAUGUCGCACCGUGGCAGUUCUUUUUCAAAACUAAAGGAAAAGAAUAGACAAAAGAGUGCAAUCAAUUGUGACAUUAUUAGGUUUGGUGCGGACGGUGGAUUCGUUUUACCUUUGGAUGCAAAUUUAAGGACUUCCCACUGACUUCCGACCUUUGAAGGGCAAAUCUCUGACAAAAGAGGACGAGUUACGGGAUCGAUGUGUCUCCUGGGUGGAUAUGAGCUCACGAUGAAAAUACUGCUUAAAAUAGGAUGCUGUUCAGAAGCGAUAUAUAGAUUUUUCAGCACGUUAGGCAAGAAGAAUGCUGUCAUUCUUUCCCUGAAAACGCCUUUUGUACUUGCGAAUGCAUGGGAUUUUGAGGAAUAUUGCACCAACGUGGAAUAUGCUUGAGUCUGAAGCAAACAUGUUCUACUCUGUUACUGUACGUCCCGAUGGUCAUAUUAAAUAUGGCUGGGUUCAAACCAAGACGGACUAUAUUUUAUUAUAAAAAAAGAGAAAAGACAUAUAGGAAAUACUGAUUAGCUUGGCACUUGUUUUCUAUCGUUAUAUUAAAGAGGGAAUUGUUCACCAGUUGUAGAAUAGACGGACAAUAGAGUUUAUUUAAGAUAUCAGUUCAAACAUACUGAACAUUUCAUAUAUUGUUUUUUAUUAUUGUUUCCAGAUGACGUAUCCCUAAACAUUCGUCAGAGAUAUGAGCAAAGGCGUACACCAAUGCAUACGCAUUAUAUAUUCGUAAAAUCUGAAAACAAAUAUCUGUUUUUUUCAACCCAGGCUCAUUCUGAAAACGUACCUCUAUAUACAUUUCUGGAGACCAUCAAAUAUGUUCCAGGAGCUACAUUUUUUUGUAGUUUUUGUUUUUGCGAA